AUGGGCUCUAACACCUUAUUUCCUGGACCAAAUUCAUUUCAAAGGGUGGAUCGAUCAGAUUCGUUAGCCCCAAAUUCCACUGCUAUUAAUGCAAGACAAAGGCAGAAAGUUGUUCUAGAACCCGGUCAUUCCCCCUUGGACUGGGCCAAUCUAAAUAGUAAUUCUUCUCAGAGAUAUAAACUACGUGGUGUACCUCCAAAUACUCCUCCUCCGCAGUAUGUGACGGUCACAAAGGAUGAAUUGAAGCUACAUAAUAGAAAAGACGAUGCAUGGACGUCUAUAAAUGGAAAAGUCUUCAACAUUACCUCAUAUAUUGAUUUCCACCCUGGGGGUGUUAAACAAAUUAUGAAAUGUGCUGGACGAGAUGGCACACAAUUGUUCAACAAAUAUCACGCAUGGGUGAGUGCAGAUAGAAUGUUGUCCAAUUGUAUGGUUGGGAUGUAUGUCAACUAA